CUCGCUCUCUCUCCCCUCCUCUUUCUGUCCACCCCCUUCUCUCUCUCUCUCUCUCUCUCUCUCUCGCUCACACACACUCCCUCACACACACACACACAAACUCUCUCUCUCUCUUGCUCGCUCUCUCUCUCGCUCUCUCUGACGCCUUCUUCUCCUCAAUGGAGGCCAUGAGAAGAAAGCAGCCCGCUGGUCUAGCCAAGGGCAGCUUGGAUAAGGGUGUAUUCACAAAGAAAGAGGAACAUGAUGCAAUGGGCAACGGAGAGGAUGAACCAGAUGGAGACAAAGAGAUAGCAGCCAGACUGGCCUCUUCCCCUCCGGCGGAGACGAUGCUAAACGGCACCAAAUGUGACGACAGGAGGCACAAGAGCCCGGCGCACGGCUCCGCCACCGCCACCGCCACCGCCACCAAGACUUUACAGUUGGUGACUGAGAACGGCCUGUCAGACAUGGAGCCGCCGCACGCUUCUGUUACUGGAAGCAAUGGAUUUAUUCUCACUAAGCAGCAGCAGGAUGGCGGCUCUGCAGCGGGGCCAGGUUCGGGAGCUCCCCCCCACAGGACUAACUGGUUGCCUUCGGGCUCACCGACAGGGGGAGACGCGGCCAAAUCUCCCCCAGCCUCGGCGACUGGCAGUGCACCGAGUUCAGCUGCACUAAGGACUGACCCCAGUACGGGGACUACGUCGGGACGGGAGACACCAGACACUAAGAAUGGAACCGCCUCGUCUCCUGCCCCGUCUCCAGCACCCGUCACCAUACACAGAGCGCGCAAGACCAUGUCCAGACCUGCUGUCAGUCCGGCACAAAAGCUUAUUAACAGGGAAUUAAGAGAAGCAAAGAGUGCCAAAAUGGAGAAAAUGGAGACUCAUGUUGCACCUGAUGCUCCGAAAUCCUCGCAGCAGUCCCCUGCGCAGAACCAUCUACCUCAGAGUCCGCCGGAUAUGCUAGAUUCAGCACAAACAGCUUCAUCAGAUUCACCAGCACCCCCUCCAGCUGCCGCGACACCUCCGGCUCCUCCAGCAGCCCCUGAGACUCCCCCAGCCUCGGCUCCUCCAGCCCCAGCCAAGCUCCAACUAGGUCCUUACUCAGGAGGGUUGUCAUCACGUAAGAAGAAGAGGAGGAUGGGAAUGUACAGUCUGGUUCCUAAGAAGAAAACCAAAGGGCUUCGGCAGAGAAGUGUGCUGGAAAUGUUUAAGGAACUACAGAAGUCUGCCAAGAGCCCGCAGACUAAAGAGGUAGCAAACCUAAAUGGGGAGAAGGUGGAAAAUGCGUCUGAGGAGGAAGAGUCGGAGGAGGUGGAGUCUGAGGAAGAGGAGCGACAUCAGCCCACAGAAGAACCUAUAAGUGAUGUACAGGAAGCAACAUCUGAACCCAUCUCUCAGGUGGGAGAGGAGCAGGAGUCUGAAGAGUCUGGAGAAGAAGAGGGAGAGGAGGAGGGCACUGAGUCUGACUUGAGCACAGAGUCCAGUCUGAAGAAGAAGUUGAAAAAGAAAAUGAAGAGGGACAGCGCAUGGCUCAGGCCGUCUAGGAAAAGGAAGAGGAGGAUGAAGGCCAAAGAACUGGAGGCGAGGGAUCCGCCUCAGGCUUCAGCUCGGGCCCAGGUGGGCGUUGGGAAGGAGUGCACACAGUCGGUCAACCUCAACAAGCCCCAAGAGCCGGCGCUUCACUCACAGAACAAAGACGCGUCAGGGUCAACCAUGGACGAGGUUCAGGAGCUUCCACUCUGCAGCUGCCGCAUGGAGACGCCCAAGAGUCGAGAGAUUCUCACCCUGGCAGACAAGAAGUGCAUGGCCACAGAGAGCGUCGACGGACAGCUGACCCGCUGCCAGGGUGCCAUACUGAAACAUGAAAUGAUGCGUCCCUCCAACUCUGUUCAGCUGCUGGUUCUGUGCGAAGACCACCGCAACGGCAUGGUGAAGCACCAGUGCUGCCCCGGCUGUGGCUUCUUCUGCAGGGCUGGGACCUUCAUGGAGUGCCAACCAGACCCCAGCAUCUCCCACCGUUUCCAUGGUGCAUGUGCCUCGAUGUUGAAAGGUCAAAGCUUUUGUCCGCACUGUGGAGAGGAGGCCAGCAAGGCCAAGGAGGUCACCAUCGCCAAGGCUGACACCACCUCCACCGUGCCCUCCACACUCGCCCACGGACCUGACACGCCUGGGCUCCCCGAGGGCCGAGCAGACACCACCACUGGCAGCUCAUCUCGUCUGGCUGUGGGGGCUGAAAUGAGCGGCAGGGCCGACAGCUCGCUGUCCAAUUGCUCUGGACAGGGACUCGACAUCUCUGCUGUUCCCGGGUCAUCCAGGAUGAUGGCUGGAACGGGACUCUCUGUCCCACCUACAGUCCCUCAAGGAGCAGUUAGAGAGACUCUGGAGAGUGUCCUGGUAGCUCUCGACACAGAGAAGCCCAAGAAGCUGCGUUUUCACCCCAAACAACUUUACCUCUCAGCCAAACAGGGAGAACUCAAGAAGGUUGUGCUCAUGUUGGUGGAUGGUAUCGACCCUAACUUUAAGAUGGAGUCUCAGAACAAACGCACGCCGCUCCACGCUGCAGCUGAAGGAGGACACAAAGACAUCUGCCACAUGCUCGUACAGGCCGGAGCGAACGUGGACAUGUGUGACGAGGAUCAGCGGACACCACUGAUGGAGGCCUGUGAGAACAACUACAUGGAGACGGUCCAGUACCUGCUAAGAGCUGGAGCCAGCGCCACACACAAGGAUGUUGAAGGAUUCACUUGUCUCCACCUAGCGGCAAAGUCUGGCCAUUACAGCAUCGUUGAGUACAUUCUGUCCACAGGAUUAAUCAACAUCAAUUGUCAGGAUGAUGGAGGUUGGACAGCCAUGAUCUGGGCAACCGAGUACAAGCAUGUGGACCAGGUCAAGCUGCUUCUGUCCAAAGGAGCCGACAUCAGCAUCAGGGACAAGGAAGAGAACAUCUGCCUUCACUGGGCAGCGUUCUCAGGCAGCGUGGAGAUCGCCGAGCUGCUCCUAAACGCCCGCUGCCACCUGCAGGCUGUCAACAUCCACGGAGACUCCCCUCUACACAUCGCCGCUCGGGAGAAUCGCUUAGAAUGUGUCACGCUUUUCCUGACUCAAGGAGCUGAUGUGUUUCUGAAGAACCGUGAGGGAGAAACCCCUCCAGACUGCUGCAGCCACAACUCCAAGGCCUGGGCGGCGCUGCAGGCCAACAGGAGGGAGAGGGACGCCAAGAACGCCAGGCUCUCUCGAGCAGAGGAAAAAGUCCUUCACAGUGACAUAGCUUUGGGGCAGGAGAGAGUUCCCCUUCCCUGUGUCAACUCUGUGGACAGCGAACCGUACCCAGACAACUACAAAUACAUCCCUGAAAACUGUGUCACCUCCCCCAUGAACAUAGACAGGAACAUAACACACUUGCAGUACUGUGUUUGUAAAGAAGACUGUUCGACAAGUAUCUGCAUGUGUGGACAACUCAGCCUGCGGUGCUGGUACAACAAGAGUGGUCGUCUUUUACCUGAAUUCUGCCGUGAGGAGCCUCCUCUCAUCUUUGAGUGUAACCAUGCGUGCUCCUGUUGGAGGACCUGCAAGAACCGCGUAGUGCAAAAUGGACUCAGGACCAGGCUUCAGCUCUUCAGGACAAGGAAGAAGGGCUGGGGUGUCCGAGCAGUACAAGACAUACCACAGGGGACCUUUGUGUGCGAGUACGUCGGUGAGAUCAUCUCCGAAGCAGAAGCAGAGAUGAGGCAGAAUGACACGUACCUGUUCAGCCUGGACGAUAAGCCACGAGAUCUAUACUGCAUCGAUGCUCGUUUCUAUGGAAACAUCAGCCGCUUCCUAAAUCACAUGUGCGAGCCCAAUUUGUUUGCCUGUCGAGUGUUCACGACGCACCAGGACCUCCGUUUCCCACACAUUGCCUUCUUCGCCAGUGAAAACAUCACGGCUGGAGAGGAGCUUGGAUUUAACUACGGCGACGACUUCUGGGAAGUCAAAAGCAAGCUGUUCAGCUGCGAAUGCGGCUCGUCCAAGUGCAAGUACUCAUCCACGGCCAUGGCGUCGCUGCAGGCGGACAGCACCCCGGGGAACCAGCAGCAGCCCAGUGCGUCUCCCGACACCAGCUCUUCCAACGGUCCCUCCAGUCCCUCCUAAGCCCGCCUUCACACUACGCUUCGUUACAUGUACGCAACUGUCGGACACACAAGGACGGCUGUCUCCAUCCUCCUUGAACGUUAAACUUUUUAUCAGUGAACUUGUACUGUAUCUUCACUUCUGAUUUAUAGAACCAUGGACCGCGGACCUUCAUGAGAACCUGUAAAACGUUGUCACACAGAUGCACAAUCAAAUCCUGGAAGAACUUCCUGCUCCUUUUAUUCCACCUUGUGUACCAUGAACAGCAGGGGGCAGCAACACAUCACGCACAGCAAAUCAUAGGGACAGACAAGUCUUUACAUUUCCUACAUAACUUCACUGCGAUGGAGAACUGUGCAUUUUGUCCUUUUUAUUUGUUCCUUUUUUUAAGAUGAUUGUUUGAACUGUUAAAUGGCUUUUCUUAUCAAGUCAUGAUCAAGGAACUUUGGGGGAUGAGGGUAUCAUUGUCUUUUGCAAAGACAACCUCAGCAUACAGCUGAGUUUCACUUAUUUGGCCUCUGCGGUCAUUUAUCAUGAACCAUUCCGGCGAAAUUAGAUAAAUAUCCAACUAUUUUGCCACUUCUUUGUGUCACUUCAUCAACACUUCUUUGUUGCAGUGUUUCAAUGCGUCAUAGUUGAUUAUGAAUUGAUGAAUUAACUGAAAUGAUAGGAAAGACAAAAUGUUUCUUUGAAUUUGUUACUCAAGCGGGUAUAGAGAAAGAUGCCGUUCCAUUCCUCAGAAAUGAGGCAUUUCUAGUCUGAAUAAAUUGAGCGUUUUUAUUGAGCAUGUUUAAGGGGAUCGUGUCAGACAUUUUGCCUGUUUGGCAAAAAUUGAUUGAUUAAAUUGAAGUGGACUUUAAAAAAUGAGGAAAUGGUGCUGUCAAAGGUUUUUACUUUUGUUUUCAUUUUUAUUACCCAAGUGAACAUAGUUUGUAAGAUAAGAGAAUGUUUUAAGUUUUUUAUUUUAACUCCAGUUUUCUAAUCGUAGUUACUGUAGGCUACUUUUAAUUUUGUUUCCUGAUUUUGCCGACAGAAGCCAACCCGUCUUUUUAAAUGUUAGUAAACUAACUGUUGUGCAAGGUCUUGAAAGAUAAAAAAAAAAAAAAAAAAAGGUUAUAAAAAUGCACUUCAUAAAGUUCUGUUACAUAUUUCUGGACCGUGAACCAUCCAUCUAAUUGGUUGUAUCUUUUUCAAUAAAUUUACUACUAAUGCAUUUAUUCUGA